AUGAUGGCCUCGAGUUAGGCGGCGCGGGCCUAGGUCGAGGCGUCUCCCCGUUACGCUCGUUCGUAGGCCUGCAUCGUGGCCGUGCCCAGCCUAGGUCGAGGCAGAUAAACAACAGACCGGCGCUGCUGAGUGACUUUGACCGCACCCGCUCUGCAGGCUCUCUCCCUCCUUUCCUUCACAAGCUCGCGAACUCGCACUCCCCUGCACCCAACCCCCCUCAACAACAACUUUUACAAACAGUCAGUCCCACGCAUCAGUUCUCACUCAAAAAGCCAUCGACUGACCUCAUAAUCUCCUGCAGUGUCUGGACGUGGAAAGGGCGGAAAGGGACUCGGAAAGGGUGGAGCCAAGCGUCACCGCAAGAUCGUACGUUCCAUCUCAUGUAUCAGCCUGCACGUAAUGGAACACCGUGCUGACUGCCCACCGUCCAUCUACAGUUACGUGACAACAUCCAGGGUAUCACCAAGCCGGCCAUCCGCCGUCUCGCACGUCGUGGUGGUGUGAAGCGUAUCUCCGGUCUGAUCUACGAAGAGACGCGAGGUGUGCUCAAGAUCUUCCUCGAGAACGUGAUCCGUGAUUCGGUCACCUACACCGAGCACGCCAAGCGCAAGACGGUCACCUCGCUCGAUGUCGUCUACGCCCUCAAGCGAUCCGGCCGAACGCUCUACGGUUUCGGUGUCUAA